CGAUUCAUCAUUAGAAAUCACAAGUCUCACAUCAAUCAAUCAAUCAAUUGCACACAUAAAUAAUAAAUUCUGUGAUUUGAAGCAAAAAUGUCUCUGAUCCCGAGCUUCUUUGGCAACCGUCGUACCAACGUGUUCGACUCAUUCUCCCUCGAUGUGUGGGAUCCCUUCGAUGGCUUUCCUCUCUCCACCAACUUCCCCUCCUCCGCCCGUGAAACCAGCGCGGUGGCCAACGCCCGUAUCGACUGGAAGGAGACGCCGGAGGCUCAUCUCUUCAAGGUUGAUGUUCCCGGAUUGAAGAAAGAGGAAGUGAAGGUUGAGGUUGAAGAUGGUUGCAUUUUGCAAAUCAGUGGGGAGAGAAGCAAGGAGCAGGAUGAGAAGAAUGACAAGUGGCACCGCGUGGAGAGGAGCAGCGGCAAGUUCCUCCGCCGCUUCAGGCUGCCGGAGAAUGCCAAGCUGGAGCAGGUGAAGGCGGCCAUGGAGAAUGGAGUGCUAACGGUGACGGUGCCAAAGGAGGAAGCCAAGAAGCCUGAAGUGAAGGCUAUUGAUAUCUCUGGUUAAAUAUUACAUGAAUCAUGAUCAUGUUUCAGCUAUUGAUAAAGUUGUGAAAUGUAAUUUAUUAGUACUACUACUAUGGUAAAAGAAUGAUAUUGAACUCAUAAAUGAUGUGAAUUUUAAUACCGCGAGUGUAUUGAAAGCCUUGUUAUUUUUGUAUA